UAUUCUCCUCUGUCUCCUGAAAUCGUAGUUAGGUUAUGAGAGGUUAGGAUACGACUUCAUGGCGAGAAGUUGCGAAAAGCCGCUGAUUUAAAUGGAAUUACAGGACACGAGUUUACUACCAAAAAAAUGGCACGUUUGUUUAAUAAACUCGCGACCAGAGAAUUAGCUAGGUUGCAGGUUGCUAGAUAUACUAAUAAAGCAGAUCACUGGUCCGUGAUUAGAAAGAAAAAGACUCACAUGGACAAGGCGUUGAAGCAUUUUGACGAGUUCUAUGGUAAUGUCUAUGGAAAAUCAUGGGAAAAUAUAAGAACUGCUUUACUGAUGGAAGAACACAAAUACAUGGCUGUUGUGAACAACUUCAGCGAUAUAGACAGAAUAAAGUCAGAGUUAGAGUCUCAAGGUGCCAUGAAUCUAAGAGCAAUUUAUAAAACCUACAAGGAACAUAUUGAUGCAAAUUAUCGCAAAUCUAAUAGAAAAAAAAGAAAGGAAAACGAAGCAGGAGGUCGAAUGAAAUCUGUGAUUGCUAACGCUGAGACGUCAGCGAUACAGUCCCAUUAUCCCGCGGAUUAUGCGUCACCACCUACAUCUCUAAGUACAAAAGAUAAUGAGGAAGAUAUAGCGCCAGAGAAUCAAGGGUUACAGCCUGUAGAAAUGAAAUCUAUCGAGUCGAAUUUGAAUGAAAUUUCUUUAGAUGAAAAUCGAAUUGUGCAUCCCAGUGCCACCUUGAGCGGGCUGUACGAGUUUGUACCAGCUACGAAAAUCAAAGGCUUGGAAGACUGGGUUUUGGAGUCACAACAUUAUGGCUAUUACAAAGAGGGCUUGGAUUUUACGGUGAAGGUCGAGAAAGAAGUGUUAUUGACGUUUCCGCAAUAUUUCAACGUUUAUACGUUUGAAGAAAACAAUGACAGCAAAUUCCCAUCUCCUAAGAAAGGAUCGACUGGUGUCUUAGAUUACUAUCUUCUGGAUGGUGCCUCGGUGUUGCCGGUGUUGGCCUUAGACUUACAACCUGGAGAUGCCGUGCUAGAUAUGUGCGCGGCACCAGGAGGAAAAACUCUGAGCAUUCUUCAGACGCUCACGCCGCACGUAAUGGUCGCUAAUGAUAUCCAAGCGUCCCGAGUGCAGAGGAUCCACAAAGUCAUUGAUGAAUACAUAGCCGGCAUCGGCCAGUGGAACGAAAGACUGUUCGUGACGGAGCGAGAUGCGAGAUUUAUCGAUGACAAGGACAUGUAUAACAAGAUCUUGGUGGAUGUUCCAUGUACUACAGAUAGACAUGUUUUGCAUUCGGAAGACAACAAUAUCUUCAAACCGCAGAGAAUACGAGAGAGAUUAAAGAUGCCGGAAUUGCAAGCGGAUAUUUUAACUAAUGCCUUGAAGAUAAUAUCAGUUGGCGGAACAGUCGUAUAUUCUACUUGUAGCCUCAGUCCUGUUCAAAACGACGGCGUCGUCGGUAUGGCGUUGAAGAAGGUCUGGGAAGAAACAAAUUCCAUUAUGGUUGUGAAGGAUAUGAGGAAAUCACUGGCUCCAUUGAGAUGCCUUUAUGAAUUCGGAAAGUUUGGAUUAAAAUACGGCCACAUCGCCAUUCCUACGCUCGAUAAUAAUUGGGGGCCUAUGUACUUUUGUAAAAUAGUACGAACACGAUAAUAAUAGGUAGUGACGGAUCGUUUGCUUCCUCAUCAGGUACUUCAAUCUGGUUCCAUGGUUGUUCGUUGCCGCUCCCAAAGAUAGUGUAAACCAAUAUCUCGAUUACAUAUAGAAUGAUUGUUACGAGGAAGAUGAUCCUCCACGCCUCUAUGGUUUGCUGUAAAUAAUAAAAUACGUCGAUCUAAUUGGCGUAAUCAAAGUAACAAACUGUUAGAAUCAAAGACUAUUUAUUUGGAAGUAAUUAGGUUCUCUAACUAUCCUCUUUUCACUCUAUGACUUUAGAAAUCCUUUUGUCUUAUCACACAUACGUUUCCGUGAGUCAAUUGUCCUACGAAUACCGGCACGACAAAACCGGGUAUGGUGGCGAAGAAAUUCGUUACUGCCAUCAGGCUACCGGCAAAGUUCGGUGCGAUGUCUAUGUGAUUUGCCAGAAAACCAGAAUACAUUCCGCCAAUGCAAGUUACCGCGAUUGUCAUCAGCACGACUGUUUUCGUACGAUCGCACCCGACAUAUGAUACUUGUAUUAAACACAACAUGGGUACGAGCGAUGC